UGGCAUUCAGAGGGGUGGCUCCCUUCUCCCUCAGUCUCUUGUGCUACAAACUUCCUGAGCACUUUGGGGCAUCCCUGGGACUCAGGCUUUGUUCUGUCACUGGGGAAUCCCUGAAGCCAGGGCUGGACCCCACUUUGGCCAAGGUUAUUCCAUGUCACUGAUGCCCUCAGGCUUGGUGUUGGCUAGGGCUGUCAGAUGGAUUGCAGGAAGUGUGGGGAGGGGAGGGUGGCCAGAAGAAUCCUGUCACGGUUGUAUUCAUAAAAGCCUGGGCUGUGUCCCCUGUCUCCAUGCCUGCUCCCCACCCAGGAAGCCGCUUGGCUUGUCAGACCCGUCUUGGCUUGAGGAGGGUUGGGAGGCUGGACCUAGCCCUGGCUUUUUGCCUUUGACAACAUGGCCACCCAGGGGCCUCAGCCUCUCCAGCAGCUGCUGCUCCUGUUUCUGGUUUCAGGCGUGGGAACAUCAUCCCCUGCUGCUCUUGGCGGCAGAAUAUCACCUUCACCACCUUUUCUUGGAAAAGGACACCCCUUCUCCAGUCGUCCUAACGCAGCCCCGAGCGCGAGAGCCUCCCCCGCUACAGACCUGGGCGGGAACGCCUCUCCUGGCAACUCCAGAGAGAGAUCGCCGUCUCCUACAGCUCAGGGUUCGAAAUCGUCAUCCCUCCAAGUCCCUUCUGGGUGGUCCAGCCCGCAGGUUGCUCGGAGUCCCUUGUCGGUGCUCGUGGGUUCUCCCAUCUCCCUGCGCUUAGCCCCGGCUCCAGCCCUCGGCCCACCCAGUCCUCUCGUAGUUUGGCGUCGGGGCCCCACAGUGUUGGCAGCUGGAACCCUGGGGAGCGAAGCCGCCCUGCCCAGUCUAGCCCCAGCCUACCGGGCCCGGCUUCGCUUUGACCAGGCCACUGGUGGUCUGGAUCUGGAGCAGGCAGAGCUGGCCGACAGCGGGCACUACACUGCGGAGGUGAUUCACGCUGGGCGCGAACGGGAGCUGCGGCAGAUCACAGUCAACGUGUAUGAGCCAGUGCCACAAUUAGCGGUGGCGCCCGCGGACCCAGUGACGGAGGAGGGGGCCCCAGAGCUACGGCUGCGCUGCUUGGGGGCUCGGCCCGGCCAAGGCCAACUUAGCUGGAGCCGGGGAGGGCGGCCCCUGGAAGCGGCGAGCGGAGAUGAUGAGGGUCCGGCCCGGCUAAGGACCAAUGGAGUCGACCUGGUCAUCGCGCGUCCCAAACGCACAGACCAGGCCAACUACACGUGCCGUGUGCAGAGCCCCUUCGGAGUCAGUGAGGCCACGGCAGCUGUCACCGUCCUGUACGGCCCGGAUCCUCCGGUCAUCACCGUCUCCUCGGACCGGGACGCGAGCCCAGCCCACUACGUCUUGGUGGGCAGCAAUGUGACUCUACGCUGCGAUGUCGCUUCCAGGCCCCCAGCCGAGUUGUCCUGGAGCCUGGCGGACCCAGGAGAGGCUGCUGUGCCUGCGGGACCCAGACUCCUCCUGCCCGGCGUGGGGCCAGCCCACACCGGAACCUACGCCUGUCUCGCGGCCAAUCCACGCACAGGACUUCGGCGCCGCGGGCUGCUCAACCUCACCGUGGCCGCCCCGCCUCCCGGCUCUCCGCGCUGCUCCCUGCAAGGCUCCUCGGGUGACCGGAGCCUUCUCCUGGGCUGCACGUGGCCCGGGGGAGUGCCUGGAGCCUCGGUGCAGUGGACAGGGCUGCCCCCGGACGUCCCCGCGGGCCCUGCGCCAACCUCGCUGUUCGUCACGGUCCCUGCCCGGCCGCAGCUGAGCGGAGUCACCUUCACAUGCCUCGGGCGCCACCUCGCGGCCACGAGAAGCUGUAGCGUCACCCCCAAGGCGCCCCAGGAAGUGCUGCUGAGGCUGGAAACUGAGAAGUCCAGGUCUGGGGAGGCCCUGGUGACCCUGGAGGCCACAGGCUGCCCUCCACCAGCCAGGGUGGCCUGGGCUCGAGAGGGCCGGCCACUGGCUCCCGGGGGCGGGGGCCGUCUGAAGCUGAGCCCUGACGGCCGGAGGCUUCUCCUUGGCAACUUCAGCUUGGAGCACGACGUGGGGAACUACUCUGUUCUGUGCAGUGGGGCCCUUGGGGCCGGUGGGGACCGGAUCACCCUCAUUGGACCUUCUGUCUCCUCUUGGCGUCUGCAGCCUGCUGAUGGGGCAGCCGUCUUGACAUGGGAUGUGGAACGUGGAUGUGUGGUCAGUGGCUUUGAGGUGCAGGCACGGACAGAGAAACCAGAAGCAGGGGCCACGGGCCUGAGUGGAGGGGCCUGGACAUCGUUGCUACUUCUGGGCCCCGGGGAACGCUCAGCUGUAGUGCUCCUGCCCCCUAGUCCCCCUGGGCCUUGGAAAUUUCGUGUGCUGCCCACUCUGGGUGGUCAGCCUGGGAUUCCUUCAUCUGGCCGCAGCUACCAGGCUGGUCCUGUCCUGGGCCCUGGGGCCAUUGCUGGUAUUGUGCUCGGCUCCUUGCUGGGUUUGUCCCUUCUAGCAGCUCUGCUGGUCCUGCUUGGAUGUUGUGCGUGUCGGCUAUGGGGAAAGAACAUGAAGAAGCAAAAGCCCCCGAUAUUCCCCCCUGCAACCUCUACCCCAGAGAAGAACACACAGAAUGUAACCCCUGUGGAGGUCCCACAACCUUCCUCCCACGGUUUCUCCACAGAACCCAGUCCAACCUGGGCUUCUCCUGUCACAGUAUCCAGCCAGGUCACUUCUGCCAACCCCAAGGGAGUUCACCGAACAGUCCGAUCAGCCACUCAGGUGUGAACAGUCACAGCCAGUGUGGGCCUCAAGGACAUUAAACUUCCUGGACCCUCUGGAGGCUCAGGAAUUCCUGUUUGACGCCAGCAGAGCAUAGAGGGUCUUAACUUUGCAUGAUGAAGCUUCGGAACUCUGUUCUGCACCAUGGAAAAGUCUGGGAUCUCAAGUAGAGACUUCCUGUCCUGGCAUACCAGGGUAGUAGGGCUACCUGUCUUUUCUUACUUGAAGAAAGAAGAUAUGACUGGGCAAGACUUCUUUUGUUCAUUUCAGGAGCAGGGAGUGGCCUUUCUUAUGCAAAUGACGGACUAAUUGGCCAUCGGUGGGGCAGGACUUCCUGAUUUGGCAUGGUGGAGGGGCAAGGCUUCCCAUGUGGCUGCUUAUAAGUUGGUGGGAGUUUUCUGGAGGUGUGUGUGUGUGUGUGUGAGUGAGUGUACCUUUGGUGGACAGAAGU